AUGAGCCCAAGUAACGACUCCGGUUUCAAGGUCGAGCCUUUCGACGGCUCGAAUUAUGGGUUGUGGAGUUACAAGAUGAAGAUGUACCUGAUGUCGAAGGGGCUGUGGGGCGCGAUCGCGGGCGAUGAGACAACAAGUGAGGCCAAGGAACAGCAAGCCCACGCCGCGAUCGUGCUGAAUCUGAGCGAUUCACAGUUGAUGCAUGUCAUCGACUCGGCCACCGCAAGAGAAGCGUGGGGACGUCUGGCGCGAUUUCAUCACAGUCAUGACAUGGCGAAUCGACUUUGGCUGAAGGAAAAGUUCGCGUCGUUCAAGUAUGCAGCAUCAAGCAUGAGCGGUCAUGUGAUGGAGCUGGAGGACCUCGUGAUGAAGAUGAAGCGCGCGAACUACGGUCCAAGCGAAGAGGACGUGUGCGCAGUACUGUUGCGGAGUCUACCUUCAAGCUUCGAGAGCUUGGUACAGGCAUUCCGCAUGUCCGUCGCAAGCUUCAGUUUCAGUGACCUCGUGAGCAAGUUGAUCGCCGAAGAAGUGCGCCAGAAUGAGGCUGCACGGGUAGAAGAUGCGACGGCGCUCUACGCAGGCAAGAGGAAGGGUAAGCAGUACCCGAAGAAGCAACAAGUACGGCGCGCGAAAGGACCAUCAGGGACCUGCUACAACUGUGGCAAGGUCGGACACUACGCCAGAGAUUGUCGCUCCGGUCGAGGGCCAAGGGAGCAACAGCAUGACCAGUCGAAUGUCGCGUUUCAUGCCAGCGAAGGUUUCGCGAGCAACAGCUGGGUCAUGGACAGUGGCGCGUCAGCACACAUGUGCAAGGAUCGAGAUGCGUUCAAAGAGUACGAAGAAGUGCAUCAUGCGCGAAGCAUUUCAAGCGCAAAGAGCGACGUGAAGCUGAAUGUCAUCGGACAUGGGACAGUGAAGCUGCGCGUCUGGACAGGACAUGCGUGGAUCGACGCUCGCCUUGAGAACACACUUCACGUUCAAGAUUUGUCCAAGAACCUGUUUUCGCUCACGGCUGCGGCAGCGCGCGGCAUGACAGUGGAGAUAACGCGCAACGAGUGCGUGGUCAAGCGUGGCGGCACACCCGUCGCAACAGGAAGGAAGCAGGGGUUCCUCCUGUAUCUCAAUGCUGACUGUGGUACGGAGUGCCACAUGGCCGAAGACGAUACAGAGCUAUGGCAUAGAAGAUUGGGUCACGUGUCGUAUGGUACGCUGAAUGCCAUGGUCAAGGACGGAAGGAUCAAGGGCGCAACGAUGAAGACGAACGUUGCGUGUGACGUAUGCGCAACGUCAAAGCAAGUGCGCAAGUCAUUCAAGACAAGUGAAGAAGACGCUGAAACCAGUGAGAGUUUGCGUUCCGACGUGGUGGUGUGCUCCGACGUUCUCGGUCCUAUCACACCAGCGUCCAAGUCUGGUUUCAGUUACGCCGUAACCUUCAUCAUGAUGAAGAGCAGGUAUGUAACGGUCUAUCCGUUGCGAAAGAAUAGCAACGUUCCGAGUGCGUUCAAGCGGUUUUACCAAGAUAUCAAGACAGCAUCUGGAACGAAGAUAAAGGUGUUGCGGAGUGACAACGGCGGUGAAUACCGGAACGCAACGAUGAACAACUUUUGCAAGGCAAAGUUCAUCAAGCAAGAGUUCACGGUUCCGUACAAUCCAGAGCAGAACGGGAUGGCGGAGCGGAUGAACCGCACGCUGGUGGAGAUGACGCGCUGUAUGCUCAAGGAAAGCGGUCUCGAAAAGUUGUACUGGUGCGAGGCACUAAUGACAGCGGCAGACAUCAAAAACAUUCUGCCGAACGCGUCGAACAAGAGCUCAAGCCCACACGAGAUGGUGUUCAAGAAGGUUCCGCGCAUCGAUCACAUGCGCGUGUUUGGUGCGCAAUGCUAUGCGCAUGUGGCGAAGGAGAAGAGGAAGAAGCUGGACGACUCAGGCCUGCGAUGUUUCUUUCUCGGCUAUGCGAAGGACCAAAAGGCGUAUCGGCUUCUUGACGCGGACGUUGGCUCAAUCGUGAUUUCAAGAAGCGUCACGUUCGCUGAGAAUUCUGUCUCGAAAAAAUCGAUAAGCAGAGACACGCGGGUGUUCGAUGUCAUUGAAGAAGAGGAAAGUGUGGAGGCGUCGCUACCCGAUGAUGAAGACAAACCAGCGCCGGUGACCGAAGAAGAGCUACGCACCCCACCACUUCGAGCGCAGAACAGCUCUCAUCCCGGACCAAGUGAUCGACCAAGCGACACCAUUCCUACGCGCGCAUCCAGCACACCCGGAAGAAAUGGAGAAGAAGAGUGGAUGGUGCGACCGGUUCGGAAGAAGCGCGGCGUGGUUCGCUACGAACAAGAAUUUCCAAGCCAUCGUCGCGGUCACUUCCAUUUGGACGACUACGAAGGUGACUUCGACUCUUUCUACUGUUUCUCGGCUGAAGAAGAUGGGGAACAAGCGUCCAGCUAUCAAGAAGUAAUGAAGAGCAGCUACAAGGAGCAGUGGCUACAGGCAAUGAAGAGCGAGAUGAAGUCGCUUGAAGAACACAGCACAUGGAAGCUUGUGGACAUGCCACCGGGCAAGAAGGCCUUAGGCUGCAAGUGGGUCUUCAAGAUCAAACGCGAUCCAAGUGGGGAGAUCAUCAAGUUCAAGUCACGCUUGGUUGUUAAAUGGUUCACGCAGCGUCCUGGUAUCAACUACAACGAGACCUUUGCACCAGUGGCGCGCAAGGAAUCUAUCAACACAGUGUUGGCGAUCGCUGCAGCCGAAGACCUGGAAGCAGAAAACGUUGAUGUCGACACAGCGUUUCUCUACGGCGAAGUGGAAGAGGAGAUCUACAUGGACCAACCUGACGGUUUUGAAGAUGAAGGAAGCCCGAAUAAGAAGUGUUUGCUGCAGAAGGCGCUAUACGGGACGAAGCAAGCGGCGCGGCAGUGGAACAACAAUUGA